AUGGAGUACUUUUGCGCUGCUCGAAAAUGCACCACAUUUUUCUAUAAAGGACUACAAAAGGACCCCAAAGAAGACUGUUUGUAAGUUAACUAAACUUUGAGGUAUUUUGUACAACGGGUCAUUCAUCUGUAACGCAAUAGUGCGGUAUCUGUCAGGUCGCCUGUUCUGUUCAUGGAUUAUAAUAGACUCACACCUAAAAAAUGGUUUAACUCCGUGGCUAUCUUGUUUUCAUUCCAGUGCUAAGUUCAACCAAAUGAAAGACUGUGUGGUGAAGGUGAUGAAAUAUUGUGCUGACUCACUGACAGACAGCACCAUCAGAGAAACUGUAGACAAGAGUUUUGACAGCAAAGAAUGUUCUGAAGGCCCCAUUCUAAUACCGUCCUCGUCAGCGGCAUUAUUGCCUUGUUCCAGCUCUUUCGUCACUGAAGCAAACGCCUGUGGAAGGACCUUCCGGCAAAAAACCUCGCGGACAAAUCGAGUUCCUCUCUUUGCACGUGAGUUUGCGUAGACUAUUUGUUUUUAUACAUUAAGUCGAAUCAUACACGCAUUCUGAUUGGUUGUUACUUAUGAUGUAAACGCAUGGAUGACGUCAACAUUAUCAACUAUGCUUCUUUGUGAUUUAAAACAAAUUAAAGAGAUUCCGUGAUGCCGUGGGUUUACUCAGAAUGUAUUUGCACUUGUUUGUUAAACAUUGAUAAAUUAACGGAGAUGAUUGAUUAGGGCGCGGUUGUGGAACAAAGAACAAUUUCACAUUCUUGUCUCAAGAAUGUCCCCCCCCGACAAAUUGAGAAAUAACCUUAUAUUUGGGAACAGACGUAAAAGUUUAGCAAAUUCUUUUCCUGAGACAAGAAUCAAACCAUUAUUCCCAGUUCCUUUUUUUACCCGAGCGUGUUAAAACAGCCUUGACUUUACGUAUUGUUAACUUUAGAAGACAUUAAAAUCUACCAUAUUUCUUUCAAUUUAAAGCUCCGUGAAGAGAAGAUAAUAUUGGAAAUUAAAAAAAUUUGGAAGAGAUAAAGGACAAAUAAAAACGCUCCUUGAUUGACAAGAGCAGAAAAUAAAAACAGAAAUAUUAUGAUCAUUGCUAAUAGUAACGGAAUUAACCGACAGAUUAAGAAGGUACUUUAUGCAAAUCCAGUAAACUGUCUAAAACGCAUGCGCAAGAAAAUGCUAAUGACCAAGCCGCGUUAAGAGGGUGACGAACUGAAAUAGCUCGAAAUCAAUAUAGUCUCAGAUCCAACAUUGUACAGUGAGGGGAACAGGUAUACGUAGAAUGAUUUUGUUAACUUUCAUUGUUUCAGGGAGGAAGCCAAGCAGAAGAAGUGUCUGAAGAAUCUGAUCAAUUCUAACUGCACCUUUUCCUCUGCUGAGAGAGAAAUGUUUGACUUGGGCCUCGCUGACUACAAUCCUUUCUGUGCAAACAAUCGAGACCCUGGGGCGACCGGAAACGAUCAGUGCUAUGGUGUGGAAGACAUCAGUGGACCCGCUGGCAUUAAUGCAGCUGCUGGCAUUAAUGCAGCUGCUGGCAUUAAACCUGGUGUAAUACAGGCGCUGUUGUUAGUUUUCAUGUCCAUUUGUUUCUUUUUCAACCGUUGAAGAGGUUUCCCUCUUCAACAUUUUAUUCCAGUUUGUUAACAGUUUUAGUCAAGUUUGAUUGUAAACGAAGCAUUUGAAUUAACUGUAAGCUUGUCUUGAGUCUGAAUAUUUCCUUUUAGUAGUUGGUUUUUGUAUCUUAACUGCUUGAGCGACCACAUUUUAUAAAAGCAUUGUAAAACUCAAAGAUCAUGAAAAUUAAAAUAAGUCUAAAAAACACAUUCUUUUUUCAGCAAAGCGAUUAAACUAAUUUGUUUUCACAAUGGUCGUAUUAGAUUUUACGCUGAGUCAUGUACGUUAAUGAUUUUUGGAAUAAAG